AUGCAGACUGCUUCUACAAACAUUUGUGAAAGACUGUGCAAUAAGUCCAUCCGUGAAAUUUCCUUGCUACUAAAUAUUUCACGGUUAACGGUUAGUGGUGUUAUAACAAAGUGGAAGCAACUGGGAGCAACAGCAUUCAGCCACAAACUGGUAGGCCACAUAUAAUAACAGAGCGAGGUCAGUGCAUGCUGAAGCGCACAGUGCACAGAAGUCGCCAACUGUCUUCAGAAUCAAUAGCUAAACACCUCCAAAAUUCAUGUGGCCUUCAUAUUAGCACAACAAUAGUGCAUAGAAAGCUUCAUGGAAUGGGUUUCCAUGGCCGAGAAGCUGCAUCCAAGCCUUAUAUCACCAAGUGCAGUGCAAAGCAUAGGAUACAGUGGUGUAAA